AUGGGAGAAGGAGUCACGGCAGCUCCUAUAAUAGUUCCGAGUCGGACAGAUGAAGGGACCAGCUACAUUCACCAGCAGCUCAACAGGACAAAUACAGCUACCCAUCCACCAUACUAUGACUAUGAAUUAGGCCCCUGGGAAGAACUCAAACCAUUGUAUGGAAGCAUGGGACGGCAGGCUGAGAAUGCAUUCGAUAGGACAAAGAUGCGAAGGUUACGAAGUAAGGGCAGUCUCUUUACUGUGGUUUACCGACCUUCCUUCCUACCUGGUGAAUACGCCAUACUAUAG